AUCUGUCUAUUUAUACAGUUAGGAAUAACUCAAUCAAAUUUUAUUUACUCUUCAGUAGUACUUAGCAGUGACGUCAUUUCAGUUUUCAAUAGAGGGGGGCAAUGGUAUUGACCGGCCCGAAUGGGUAAAAAAAAAACCGCUCGCUUCGCUUAAUAAAAUAUAAUAAUGGUAAAACGGCAACAACUGGACACCGGCCCAUCAGCCCGCUUUUAAAAUCAGAUAGGGGCAAAUGCCCAUCUUGCCUCCUCCCCCCCAAAAAAAAAAUGACGCCAUUGGUACUUGGUGGUUUUGUAAAUUGUUCCUCAAACCCUGGCAUAAUCAGUUAUGUAUACCACAUACACUCGCCAAAUUUACAAUGAUACGUGUAUACCUGUGCGUAUUAGAAUUUUCAGUGACCUAAAGAAAAUAUUCUGAUAAUUUGUAUUUUUCAUUUUCAAAAUUUAUUUAAUAUGUUUUAGGUUAUAAUAAAAUGUUUCUGCUUUUGAGGCGUAUUUAUAAAUAAAAAAAAAAAAAAAUGUUCUGCUUAAGUAUGUGUGUGGUAAUGAGUAUAUUGUAUAAUAUACCUAUUCUAUAUGUUAUAUUAUGUCCAAACUCUUACAAGAUGUGUACAUUUCACAUUUAUUAUAAUCAUAUUAUACAAUUUAUUUUCAUUUUUUUAUGUAAAUAUUACUAGAAAUAUCCAUAGACAACCUUAAAGUACAAACUACUUGUACCUAAUUGGCAUAAUAAGAGCUUAAGUAAAUCAAUACAUUUUUCUAGUAAUAUAUCACUGAACACACUUAAGUCGUAAUGAAAAACCCAAUGACCCAAACCUAAUCUUAUAGGCUAUAAGUAUAUAAUUUGGUUACAAGUUAGCCAUCUACAUAUCUUUUGUAAUAAAAUAUGUUGUUUUAAAUUGAAUACAACUAUAGUUAGAAAAUAAAUAGGUGGCAAUUAUUUCAGUGAAAAUACAUCUGUCAGCAAUGUUUGCUCAAAACUAUAUAAUAACUAUUAUUUUUCUGAUUUAAUUUUCAAAAUAUUUUAGCUUUUUUUUAUUAUUUUUACUACAUAUACAUAUAUUUGAAAUUUUUGAAUGUUUUGUUUUGAUUUAUGUAGGUACAUACAUUUUUGUUUUUGAGUUAUAAAGUUAGAAAAUUAAUUUAAUACAACUGUACAAGGUUCUCAGAAUUAGUUACUCAAAAGUUAAUAACAAUUAUAAGAUAUACAGUAGAUUCUGCUCAUUGUGGAUACAUUGGGACCAAACUCAUUUACCCACAUUAAACGGUUAGGUUAGACCAUAUAAACUGAAAUUAGUUAGUUAGUAUGUGUUGGAAUUGGGAUCAGACCUUACCUUUUUCCCAUAUUAAUCGGUGUACACAUAAGGCGGAAUCCACUGUAAAUAUAAUACAUCAUUAUGACUUAAAAUAAAUAAUAAUAGUAAAAUAGAUUACCAAUAUCAAUAUAAUUAUAUAGUGAAAUAGUUAGGUAUCUUAUUAUUAAUCUAACCAUAAUGAUUUAAUGUGUAGUUUGUACCAUAUUUAUUGUCUUAACUUUUAGUUUUAGUUUAAUUUAAUUGUUCUAUAUUAUUACAAAUGUAAUUGUGUAAUUUAUCAACAUUUCCAAAAGGGGUUUAAAACCGUCACCAAUUUAUAAUUAUAAAAAUAAAUUAUACAUAAUAUAGGCCAGCAAACCAACUCAAAAUGAGUUUCUCGAUUUUAUAUCUUCAACAACAUACUAGAUUGUUACCACAUUUAUUUCAAUUAGUUUUAUUAAGACUAAGAAGAUCGCUAAAACAUAAAAACAAUAUAACUGAUAAAAUGAAAAUUAUAAGGAUUUUUAUUGGUUAUAUUAUAGCUUGCUUUUUUUCUUUAACAAUAUUUGUGGUUCAUAAAAUGUAUACAAUAUACUAUUAUUAGGUAUAAUAUGAUUCUUAAUUGCUACAAGGUUAUAUAAUUUAAUCACAUACAAUUACUGUCAACAAAGAAAUUUUUAAAUAAAGAAAACCAUCUGUGUUCAGUAUUUAACAUUAAGGCACCUAGUGCUAGUGUAAUUUUGUACACAAAAAUACGCUCUACGGUAAUAAUUAUCCUGUUCUGUAGAAUCACCAAAUUUGAUAAUUUUUUUUUUAAUUUAUAGAGGCCGCAUCAAAGUCUAUUUUUAAAUAUUUUAAUCUCAAACUUGAUAAUAUGUUUUCAAAAAUAAUACAAUUUUAAGUGUUUUUUUGUAAAUUAUACUAUACCGUUAUUUAAAAUAAAAUAAAAAAUUUGAGUUUGAUGCGGCCUGUAGGAAGUCAUUUUCUUUCAGAUAAAAAAAUAGUUAUCAAAAUCUAACAAUUCUACAGUCUAAAAAUUAUUCCCGUGAAGUAAUUUUUUUCUCCAUAUAAUACACCCUAUCAGCUCCUCUUAAAUAGGUAUCGGGUAGUAGAUUAGUGGAAAAGUAUUAUAAUUAAGGUGGCAACUAAAAUAUAAAAUUUAAUUUUGAUUAACUGGCACCGGGCCCUUUAAACUGAUUAAAGUACUUAUUGACUUAUUGUUGAUAAUUUUUUAAAUGACAAAAAAAAAUGAUUUACUGAUUUGUAUUAUAUUUUAAUCAAGACUAUAAACAAGGUUAUGUUAAACUAUAAUUUCAAUAACAACUAACUAUGAUAUUUUUAUCUUAUCAAUUGUCAACCAUAUGUUUUUUUUUAUUGUUUAUUAAAUACUAUAGACAUAUUAUUAUAUAUAUAUCAAUAUUGUAUUAUAUUAUGUCUAUGAUUAAAGACAAAUAACUUAAUAACAUUGAUAUUAAUCUAUUUAGCAAGGAUUCUUAUAUUUUCUGAAGUAAUAAGUACCUAAUAACAUUACAAUAACACAAUUUAUACAACAUUCUAUUUAUUGUUAUUUUAAGUAAUGUUAUAAACUUUUGAGCAUAUUCACUUUUUAAUUUUGUAGUUUUUCUUGGAAUUGUUUUGUGAAAUGUGAAAAUUAAAGAAUUUUGAAUGUGAAAUUUAUACAAAAUGUCUUCUGAAACAGUAUAUCUGCCUUGCGAGUUUUGCAACAAAAUCAUUGAUUUAAAAAAUGUACACACUCAUCAAGCUGAAUGUCAAACAAACAAUGAUCUUUUAAAUAAAUGUCAUGAUGAAAACAAUGAUGUCACUCUUCCGUGCGAGUUUUGUGAGAAUCUUAUAGAUUUAAAUAAUCUGAUGUGUCAUCAAAUUGUGUGUCGAAAAAAAUUGAAGAAAAUAAAAAACAAAGUUUUAAAUAUCGGCGAAAAAACUGGAUCAAGUGUAUAUUCCAAAAAUAUGCAACUAUCAAGUGUUAAUGAAAAAGUACCUUAUCAAGAUGAAUUUAAUCUAAGCCUUUUAAGUGAAUCAAAAAAAAAAAAUUCUGUCCAAAACAGUAGCCAUAAUUUAGAUUUUAACUUGCCCAGUACUAGUAAAAACUAUGCAGUUCCUGCUGCAAUGUUAAGAAAACCAAAUUCAACUGAUGAUCACUCAUCUAGUAGUUCAUUAUCAUCAAAACAAAGUAUGAUUUUACCAGUGAAAUGUAAUUUUGACAUAAAAUCAACGGGUGUCACCAAUGUAAAAAACAAUAUGCAUAAUGAUAGGUCACCAUUUUUAAGUUCAUAUGGAAGCGAUUUUCAGAAUGAUUCUACUAGCAAAAAUGUAUCUUACAACUUGAUUGAGUAUAUUCGUCACUUCAGUGCAUCAUCACCAAAUGUAGUAGAAUUACAUUUGGCUUCUCCGACCGACCAUUAUAGAUCGACUUAUGGUGACAAAGGUUGGGGAUGUGGAUACAGGAAUAUGCAAAUGUUGAUGUCCAGUAUGCUUUUACAAAUGGAUUACAAUGAACAUAUAUCAAGAGUAUGGGAAGUUGAGAAAGGACCUCUGCCACGUGCUUGGAUGCCAUCCAUAUCGAGAUUACAGCAACAUUUAGAGAAAUCAUGGAGCAUGGGUAUUGAUGAACCUGGUAGAGAACAACUAGGUGGUACUGUGUACAACACGAAGAAAUGGAUUGGAGCCACUGAAGUUGUUACUAUGCUAACAGCUUUGAAAAUUAAAACAUUAUUAAUAGACUUUCGAAAACCAACUGGUUCAAAAAAUACUCAUCCAGAAAUGUUUCAUUGGUUGUAUGAACAUUUUAGCAAUAGAAAAAAACAAUUUAUUCCUCCAGUUUAUAUACAACAUGAAGGUCAUAGUCGAACUGUUGUCGGUGUUGAAAAACUAUCCGAUGGAACAAUUUUACUUUUAGUAUUAGAUCCAAGUGGUCAUUAUGAUAAAUUAAGAACAGAAGCUGGGAUGUCGACUAUGUCACAUAUAAGAAAAUCUAUGUACACAUUCAAGGCAAAAGAGUAUCAACUAGUCACAGUCAGUGGCAUAAUCACAAGUGAUUCAGAAUUUGAAAGUGGCAAAACAAUUAAAUCUACCCGUGGUUCAUAACAACUAUCAAGAAACUACAAUUCAUUUUGCAGAGCUUACAGAUUUUGUUAAUAUUUUAAUUUUCCUUUUUAUACAUUCUAAAUCCCGUCAAAUAAAAUUAUAGCCUAAAUGCGAACUAUAUUGUUUAACACUUUUAGAAUGUUCUAGUACCUAUAUUACAAGUUACUACGUUUAAUGUUUAUAAUAUAAUCACACUUAAAAUCCACCAUUACAGGUAGUGAUUUUAAUAAAAUAUUGUAGUUUAUAGAAAAUCAUUUGUUUUGUAAUUUAAUUUAUUUAUUAUCUAAACAAGCACUUGUAAAUUAAAUAGUGUUUGGUUUUUAAAUUAAUACAUUUAAUAGACUAGACAAAAUUAAUGUAUCUACAAUGUAAAUUUGUACAAAAAAAAAAAAAAAACAUUUACAUCAGACUUUAGGAAUGCUUGCUAUUCAAAUAUUAAAACCCAUUUUUCUCAUGCAUUCCUUAUGUGCUUCAAUUAGAUGCCCACAUUUUUCUUCUCCGUUUUCCAUGAUACUGUAAAAAAGAAAUAAUUAAUUAACAAAGAAUGGUUUAUUUGUUAAUGAAUCUUGAGCUUUUUUUUGUAGUUAAUUAUUAGAGAAAACAUCAAUAAUUUGGGUUUUCCAUAAAAUAUACAUAAAUAUUUAUAUAUAUAUAUAUAUAUAUAUGUGUAUGUAAAUUUAGUUUUAGGAAUAACAGAUUUAAGAUAUAUUUUUUACUUAUAUGAUAAUAAUACUUGAAUACUGUCAAAAUAAAAAUAUUAUUAGA